GGUGUAGAAGUGCCUGACAAGAUGAAGAGCCGAAUCCCUGUGGUGCUCCUGGCCUGUGGCUCCUUCAACCCCAUCACCAACAUGCACCUGCGCUUGUUUGAGGUGGCCAGAGACCACCUACAUCAAACAGGACUGUACCAGGUCAUCGGGGGUAUUAUCUCUCCUGUCAAUGACAACUACAAAAAGAAAGACCUUGCGGCUGCCCACCACCGCGUGGCCAUGGUCCACCUGGCCCUGCAGACGUCCGACUGGAUCCGGGUGGACCCCUGGGAGAGCGAGCAGGCGCAGUGGACGGAGACGGUGAAGGUGCUGAGGCAUCAUCACAGCGAACUGCUCAGAUCUCUGCCCCAGGAGGAAGCCCUGGACCAAGGCAGAGCUGUCUCCCCGGUACCUGCAGCUGUGCCUGAACUGAAGCUCCUCUGCGGGGCAGAUGUCCUGAAGACCUUCCAGACCCCCAACCUCUGGAAAAACGAGCACAUCCAGGAAAUCGUGGAGAAGUUCGGCUUGGUGUGUGUGGGUCGGGCUGGUCACGACCCAAAGGGCUACAUCUCGGGCUUGCCCAUCCUGCAGAGGUACCGGCACAACAUUCACCUGGUCAAGGAGCCAGUGAAGAACGAGAUCAGCGCCACGUACAUCAGGAGGGCCUUGGGCCAAGGGCAGAGCGUGAAGUACCUGCUCCCAGACGCCGUCCUCGCCUACAUCAAGGACCACGACCUCUAUUCCAGCGACAGUUCCUGGAAAGGCAGUGGCCCCCAGAACGAUGAAGGAGCGGCCAGCUAGGGGGGGCCCUCCACUUCUCCACCAAGAAACCAUUAAGGUCUCUGUUUUCCUUUUUUUUUUUCCCAUUUUUUAUUUGUUUUAGUUCAACAAUGAUUUUACUUCUGAGGAGUCUUCUGUCCCAGGAAGAGAUACCUUCUUCCAGGAGGAGCAAGUGUCUACAUCACAAAGGUGGACAUUUAUCAAAGAAGUUAAAAUGGUGUGGCAGGUCAUUAGGAGCAGGCAGGAACUCUCAGACCCUUUGGGUGGAGAGAGGCCUUCUUGUCUCGAAAAUGGUGAUGGUGACAUGUGCUUCAAAGGCGGUUCUGCGCAUGGCGGGAUCCCCUAUGGGUCACAUCAGAAUUGCCCACAAUGCAUUUUUUAACUAGGACCAGGUGCAGCGUGCUGGUGUUGAUCGGAGAGAUUUGACAGGAUGCUAAUUACCAAACUGGCUUUGUCAACACCAGUUUCAAACAAAAUAAUACUAACUGAGGACUUAAAAAUUUGGAAGCAGCACUUUGCUGAUUUAUGUCAAAUUUUUCAUUAAGAACCGUGAUCUGUAUGCUUACUGGCCAUUGAUAAAAUUUAAAGUAAAAUCUUUUUAAGUCGUGAUCCUCAAACAGUAUUUUUGAUACAACAGAUAUUUUUAACACAGCUAUUCUAUAAAUGCCCAGACUCUUGGUUUCCAGGACUCUAAAAAGAAACUGAGGUAAGACAGAUGCCUCAGUGGUGUUAGAGGAUCUUCCUGAAUGCUUAAUGAUAGCUUGCCUGUUUGAGUAUUGACAAAGGGAUAAAUAAUAAAUUGACAUCAAAACGUACUAAUGAAAA